AGGGGAGAAAAGAGAGAAAUUCAAAUUUCAAAUCCACACCCCCCUUGGCCCCUUCCCUUCUCUCUCGCAAACACAAAAGCUCCACCAUGUCUGCAACCCUCAAACCCUAACUAAGCUCUUUUCUACUUCUCUCUCUCUUUCUCUCUCCUCCAACUCUUCCUUCUCUUCAAACGUUUAUUUGCCACGUGGCAAAUCGCAUCUUCUUUCUCUCUCCUCUAUCUUUCCUAUUUGCUUCUGAGCAGUUAUGGAAGCCAUACUUGUUGAUUCAGUUCAGAACAGUUUGCGGCAUUUUAUGUACCCCAAUGCCAUUUUCAUUUGUGAACGUCUUUGUGCUGAAUUUCCGUCUGAGGUCAAUUUGCAAUUGUUGGCUAGUUGUUACCUACGCAAUAAUCAAGCUUAUGCUGCGUAUCAUAUAUUGAAAGGCACACGAAUGGCUCAAUCGCGCUACUUGUUUGCUUUCUCAUGCUUUCAGAUGGAUCUUUUAAAUGAAGCAGAAAAGGCAUUGUCCCUAGCUAAUGAGUCUGGUUUGGAGGUUCCAAAUGGUGCAGCUGGCCAUUAUCUACUUGGACUUAUUUACAGGUAUACAGACCGUAGAAAGAGUGCCAUUCAUCACUUUAAGCAAGCAUUGUCUAUUGAUCCAUUGUUUUGGGCUGCAUAUGAGGAACUAUGUAUAUUGGGCUCUGCUGAAGAAGCAUAUACCGUGUUUGGUGAAUCAGCUGUUGCUACCAUACAGAAGCAGCAGCAACAACAGCAGCAUGCCCUGACGUCUCAGAACUUUGUCACUUCCACUGAGGAUCAUAACCAAGUUUUGGCUAAGAGCUCUGGUGAUGCAAGUCCGAGACAGCUGAAAAGUAUCCAUGGUAAUAGCGCAAAGGAUGCUUCUGGAAGUUAUCAGGGAGCUACGGUAUCUUCAGCAGCUGUCAACCAACCCCUGAAUUGCUCGUCUUCUAGCUUGUCAUUUUACAACACUCCUUCUCCAAUGGCCUCACAGCUGUCUGGUAUAGCUCCUCCACCCGUUUGCAGGAAUGUACAGCAAAAUACUGCCUCAGCAAGUAGUGAAGGCUCCCCAAGAUCAACAGUAAACACAACUCUUCAAGCCCCUCGAAGGAAGUUUGUGGAUGAAGGAAAAUUAAGAAAGAUAUCCGGGAGAUUAUUCUCUGAUUCUGGUCCCAGACGAAGUACACGAUUAGCAGGAGAAGCAGGGGGAAGCAACAACACGGCAAUAACAUCAUCAACUGGGAAUGGAACAAGUCAUUCUUCAAAGUAUAUUGGAAAUUCUAGGUUGAGCAAUGCAGGAUUACGCUCUGUGACACUUCGCAAAGGACAGGCAUGGGCAAGUGAAAGUUUUGAAGAAGGAAUUCGCCAUGAGGCAUUUGAUGACUCUCGAUUAAAUGCACAAGCAAGUAUUAGUACAUCUUCCUCUUAUGAUGCUGGUUUUACUGAGCAGGAUGGUGGAUCUAUGAGUUUAUGUAGAACUACUUGUGAUGAUUCUAGAGUUCGUAAUGGGGCUCUAGAAAUAUUAGGCCUGUGGAGACUCUUGGGGGAUGGCUAUAGACUUAUUUGCAUGUACAAGUGCCAGGAUGCAUUGGACACCUAUCAGAAACUUCCGUCCAAACAUUACAAUACUGUCUGGGUGCUUUCGCAGGUUGGGAGAGCAUAUUUUGAAUUAGUUGAUUAUAUAGAAGCUGAACGCGCCUUCACUCUUGCUCGACGCCAGUGUCCUUGCAGCUUAGAUGGCAUGGAUGUCUACUCUACUGUUCUCUACCAUUUGAAGGAAGAUAUGAAAUUAAGUUACCUGGCUCAUGAGCUGCAAUCAAUUGACCGUUUGGCUCCUCAAACAUGGUGUGCAAUGGGAAAUUGCUACAGCUUACAGAAAGACCAUGAUACAGCUCUGAAAAUUUUCCAGCGAGCUGUGAAACUCGAUUCAAGGUUCGCGUAUGCUCAUACUCUCUGUGGUCAUGAACAUGUUGCUUUGGAGGAUUUUGAGAGUGGAAUAAGAAGCUUCCAGAAUGCUCUUCGUGUCGAUUCUCGACAUUACAAUGCGUGGUAUGGUCUUGGAAUGGUCUACCUUCGUCAAGAGAAGUUUGAGUUUGCUGAACAUCAUUUUCGGAUGGCGUUUCAGAUAAAUCCUCAUUCCUCUGUGAUCAUGUCAUAUCUUGGAACAGCUCUGCACGCUUUAAAGAGAAAUGAGGAAGCUUUGAUGAUGAUGGAGAAGGCAAUUGAAGCAGAUAAAAAGAAUCCUCUUCCCAUGUAUCAGAAGGCUAUUGUAUUGUCUAGCAUGGAUAACUAUGAUGAAGCUCUAGAGGUCUUGGAAGAGCUAAAGGAAUAUGCUCCUCGUGAAUGCAGUAUCUAUGCAUUGAUUGGUAAGAUGUAUAAGCGAAAGAACAUGCAUGAGAAGGCAAUGUUGCAUUUCGGACUUGCCUUAGACUUGAAGCCAUCAGCAACUGAUGUUGCUACCAUAAAGGCUGCCAUUGAGAAGUUGCAUGUGCCAGACGACUUAGAUGAUAUUUUAUAAUAAAAGGAUUAACCAGUGAAAGAUGCUGAAAAUGUAUUGGGUACAUUACAACACACUUGGAGCUGUCUGUCCCCCGCAAUGCUCCUGGUUGAUUCUCUAUCAGGUUAAUUAGGCUAUAUGCACGCCAUGAGGAAUGCCAGAUCGCUCCUGACCAGGAGAUGUUGUAAAAUACAACGUUUUGCAGGCAUUUGCAAAAGUGAAGUAAUCGAGAUAGUGUUGUAAAUCACACAACGAGAACCAGUCAUGAGUUUCACAUCUUCAAUCAUGCUGGGGAAAGAUUUGUAUAUCAGCUGCAGUUCAGUAGUUUGUAUAACCUUGACGAGAUGUUAUUUAUUGAUCUUGUAGCACUCCUUGAGGGAACACUAGUCCACUACUAGUGCAACUUUAGUUUCAACUUAUGGAAAACAAACCCAUGUGUAAACUAAAUCUGUCUCAAAAUAAUAGUAAACUCUUCUCAUUGUUCACGACGUUAAA